AGCCAUAUGGUCCGUCCUCGUGAGGGUGACGCAAUGGUCUCUGUCCGGCGGCGGCUCGUGUGGUCGGUAUAGUCACAUUGAGCACAAAUACUUCGUUUUGACCCAAAAUGGCGGAGCCUUUCACCCUGUUUCUUCUGACUGGGAUUCUGCUGUGUGGGCUGCUGUUCCACACGGUGUCCCAACAUGGAGCCGGGGUUGAUAAUUCCAGCGAGAGGCCCAAUUUCAUCAUCAUACUUGCAGAUGAUAUAGGCUGGGGUGACCUGGAUGCUAACCAGCCGGAAGAGAAGGCAAACAACACACCUUACCUCAACCUGAUGGCCAAACAAGGACUUAAAUUAACAGACUUCCAUUCCCCGGCCUCAACCUGCUCCCCAUCCCGUGCUGCCAUCCUGACGGGCCGCUAUGGCCUAAGAAAUGGGGUGACGCAUAACUUUGCAGUGGGCUCUGUGGCAGGUCUUCCUCUCUCUGAAGUUACAUUGCCCAAGCUACUACAGAAGGUGGGAUAUUACACCGCCAUGAUCGGGAAAUGGCAUCUGGGCCACAACGGACCAUAUGGUCCAACUAACAGAGGUUUUGACUACUACUUAGGUAUUCCAUACAGUAAUGACAUGGGCUGUACUGACAUACCAGGAUAUAACCUGCCCCAGUGUCUCCCUUGUGACGCAUCUGGACCCCAAGUGUUCAGGUUGAAGAGGAGUGUACAUGAAGGCUGUUAUUCCAAAGUGGGCCUUCCUCUGAUUGAAAACAACAGUAUUGUGGAGCAGCCACUCGACCUGUGGACACUAACGGAACAAUACAAAUCUGCUGCGACAAGGAUCAUACACAAUGCAAGGAAGCGAGGACAGCCCUAUCUGCUCUACAUAGCGCUGGCUCACAUGCAUGUUCCCCUGGCCCCGCCGCUCCCUCCAGAUGCCCCUACCACUGCUCACCACCGGAGUGACGACAGAGUGUACAGUGCCAGUUUGCGAGAGAUGGACAGCCUGGUUUGGGCAAUAAAGAGUGCUUCUGAUGACACAGACAAAAACAAUACUCUCAUCUGGUUCACAGGUGACAAUGGUCCUUGGGAAAAGAAGUGCCAGUAUGCAGGAAGUGUAGGACCCUUCAUGGGAAAGUGGCAGACCAGCAGAGGUGGAGGCUCGGCUAAGCAGACCACCUGGGAAGGAGGUCACAGGGUGCCAACAGUGGCCUAUUGGCCCGGGAGGAUCCCUGCAAACACCACCAACUCCGCCCUGCUCAGUGGUAUGGACAUCUUCCCAACUCUUCUGUCUCUGGCAGGGGUAACACCUCCAUCAGAUAGACGUUAUGAUGGCAUUGAUGCCACAAAUAUCCUCCUGCAUGGCGAACAGACUGGUCAUGAGUUUCUUUUCCACCCUAACAGUGGGGCUGCGGGGAAGUUUGGUGAUCUGCAGACAGUCCGAACAGGGAGACACAAAGCUUUCUACAUCACGGGUGCAGCUGAGUCAUGUGGGGGUGCAACAGGAAGGCAGGAGCUCCAUGACAAGCCAUUGAUAUUUGACCUGGAGUGUGACGAGGCUGAGGAAGCACCCCUGGAGGUCGGGACACCUGAAUACCAGGCAGUAGCAGAGAGGAUUGCCCGCAGGAGGGAGGAACUAUUAUGGGACAUUGCCACCGACAAGUCUGUGUCCACUGCGGACUACAGCACAGAAGCUUCAGCGGUGCCCUGCUGUGACCCGAGACAGCCUGUUUGCCGCUGCCACUCUCUGGGCCGAGGAUGGGAACUCGCACACAGAAACACUCGCACAAAAGGGCAAAAACGAAGCACACAGAUGUAAGCCAAACAGAUAUGGAGACGAAUAUCUCCUUUGGAUGUGCUCAGCUGUUUGUUUGUGUUGUUCGGGGUGUUCAAUGUCCAGGUGCAGCAGGAGACGUGCAAACAAGCAGAGAGAGCAAAGAGAAGCAGGAGGGCAUACUUUGGCCAGUCAUUAGCCGGGUGGUUGAGAAGAGGUCAGGGUGACGUAGUUCUCUGUGAGAUCAAUCAUUUGAGGAAAAUAAGACCUCACAAACCAUGAAACAGUUAAGACAUGCUACAAUUUAUGGAUCAAUUUGUUGCAAUGUAAUUAAACAUUAAAAAAAAGCCACAGUUUGUUGGAACAGU